UCUCAAAGAACUACCGAGUAAUGUAGCGGCGUCCUUAUAGAUAUUUGUACGACAAUACAUAUAUGUAUACAAACGUGCUAGUGUGCAGUGUAUGUAAACAUUUUCAAGCUAAAACACGUCGUAACUUGAGAGACAAACACGUGCUUGUGAAGUUACUUGGAACAAAUCUUCGGUUAUUAUUUUAUAUUGGAUAUGUGAGCUCGAGUUUAUUAUUGUGUUCAGUAUAGUGAGUGAACUACGUCGAGAUCAGUUAUUAGCGGUUUUUCUAUCAUUGAGUGUAGUUAAUGUAAAAAACAAUUGAAAUAUUAGAAAUUUCAAGACAAUCGCGAUGUCGUCAUCUGAUACUAAUGAUUUGAGAUAUCGAUUAGUAGUGUUUGUCGGUAGCAAAAAAAAACAAGAAGUAAUUGACAUUGUCCCCAGUGCUUGGAUUUAUUAUGACAAUAAAUCAAAAAUAUUAAAGUGCAAAUUUAUGCCAGAAACUAUGUACGAUGAAAAAAAUUUAAAAGUGCUAAAUGAUAUGGUAAAACGUGGUACUGAACCUUGUCACGAUUGGCCAUGUUAUCCCAUUGAGAUUCGGGGACGAGCACGUUCAUAUAAAGAAGCUGAGACAUUAAUUAAAAAAUUACAAUAUGAACCCUAUGCAUACUCAACAGAUAAUGAAGCUUCAGCUAAAUGUAAAGCGAAGGAAGACGAAAGCUAUUACAAAGAAAAAGCAAAGGAAACAACCGCGGAAGAAUUAUUUGCAAGCGCGUUUAUAAAAUUCGAUAAUGAUAUUCAUUCAUUUUCUGGAGAUGGCAAUCUAAGUUCUGAGAACAAUGAGGAGUCUGAAAUAUCUCGCAAGAAAAGUGGCAAAUCCCAAAAACAAUCUAAAAAGGAAGGAAACUAUACUAAAAUCAAGACUACUUCUUCGACUAAGCGCAAAAAAAAAUCAAAAAGAAAUGAAAGCUGCUCAGAAAGUUCAACCAGUGACAAUGAUAUAGUAUCAUCAUUGAAGUUUCGAAAAUUAACUCGAGAAGGAAGCAAGAAACCCGGCAAUUCUUUUUCCAGUAACGACGAAGACGAUUCACGCAAUGAUGACUUUGUCACUGACAAAUCGUUUGGCAAACACAAAUUACCAAUAAAGAUGGUCACAAAAAAAUUUUCUCCUAACAAAGGAAUGCGAAGAAAUUAUGAGGCCAAAAACAAAAAAAGUUUAGAAACAGGAAAAGGAAAUAAUAGCUCUGCAAAUAAUUCUAGUAUCAGCAAUGAUGAUAGUAAUGAAACGGAAAAAUAACCAACAAACAAGGAUGAAAAAAAGACCAGCGGUUUACAUUUUACUAAAAAUAAAGAAAAUACACCUAAUAAUGACGGAACUGGACUUUCUGUUCAAAUAAAAAGCUUGUCAAAAAAGUCGGUACCAACAAAGUUUUUUAUGGACGAAGAUUUGCUGUCUCGAGUUGUAAAAAAACAAUUGAUUCCCGUAAUUGACGAACAAAAACGUUUAAGCUCUCAACUCCAGUCAAUAACUAAGAUGGUGAAUGACUUAAAAGGGAUCGCCAUCGAAAUGCAAAGAGCGUAUACUUUAAAUAUUGCGACUGGUUCAGCAGUAAUAGUAGAAGCAGGUGACGACGAUGCAAUAAAAUUACCAUGCACCGAAGUGACCGAUUUUGAUCAAUUUAAUGAUAAAUUAAAAGAUGAUCAAAAUUACCGACAAAAUAUUAUCCGAAGGCUGAUACCAUUGAUUAAUAUUAAACAAUCUAUCGUCAAAAAUGUGACACCCAUGAUAAGAUUUGGAAUGGCACGAGAAUUAGCUUUAAAAUUUAACUUAAAAAAAAGCUAAUGAUAAAAGACCAAAAAUUUUUAUUAAUACUGAAUUUUAUAAAGUUUUAAAAGUUGUCAUUGUUAACAAAUUUUCAAAAUCCGAAAAUGAACCGUUAUCCGAUUCCGUUGUGAACGAGAGUAUCGCAUCGGUUUUAAAUCAUUGCGGUGACUGGGAAGGUGGACGGACAGUAAGGAAAAAAGCUGCACAAGAUAAACGAAAUGCACCACAAAGAAUUCUAGAAGGAGGAGAAACGAACGAAGAGAAUAACAAUAAGGACAAAGGAGAGGAAAACUGACUAACUCAAGUUUCUUUGCUUAAUACUGAUUAUAUUAGAUUAUAUUUCAAAAUUAUGUAUUAUGUUUG